AUGUCCACAUUGUCCAAUUUCAUUAAAUCUGCUAAGUCGAUCAUCCCAACGUUUGACAGAGUUUUGGUCCAAAGAAUCAAGGCUUCUCAGAAGACUGCCUCUGGUAUCUACAUUCCCGAAAAAAACCUUUCCAAGCCAAAUGUUGCCAAUGUUAUUGCCAUUGGUCCCGGUUACACUGCUCAAGGUGGCCAGCUUAUUAAGCCAACCGUUGCCGUUGGUGACAAAGUCUUGAUUCCUCCUCAUGGAGGAAGCCAGAUCACCCUCAACAAAGAAGAGUACCUACUUCUUAGAGAUUCCGAUAUAUUGGCUAAGAUUCAGGAUUAA